AUUGCAAUAAUGUAUUUGGUUGCACUAAUUGUCUAUUAAAAUAUAAUGGAUUAAAAAGUACAUAUCUUGAAUCAUAAUUGUGCUAUGCAAAGAAAAUUCAGUAGAGAGGAAAAAAGAUGCUGAUAGAGACUACUCAUUAAAAAAAACAUAUUCUUAUUCAAUUUACUUCUGUAGAGCUGUUUUUUUUUUACAAUAUCCACUGCUAUACAAAUAAAGUUGAAUUCACUCAAACUGAAUUAAAUUCUUAUUUUUAAAUGUCCUUUAUAUAAAAAAGUUUAUUACUAGGAGCAGAAUGAUUCCUGUCAUGUCUCAGAAGAAAAAUCGAUUCUUUUCUGUUCACAGUGGUACAAUUCACAAAACAAAAUUCUGACAUCAACAUCAUUUUUUUUCACCUUGUGCACCAGGGUUAGAGACCAGCAUUUACCCCUCGGUCAUGGGGUCAGAAUGAUUACAUUGUGAUCAUGUACAAAAGCAUAUCCUGCCAUUUACCAUCAGCUGCCAGUCAACAUUAGAAUGAGUCUAAAGUAACCUGCUGCCAGACAGUGACCGGGUGUGCUAGUGGAAGGACUUAAGAUACAAACAGAAGACUAAAUCAUGAACUUCUUAUGCUACUGAACAUUUCUGAUAUUUAGGCUGGAGGUUUGACAUCGUUCAUGAGGCCAUAUGCACAAACACAACUUUUGCUGUACUUCAGUUUAACCUAUGUGCAGGUAUUGUGCUGGACCUACAUCUAUUCCGAUAAGACGAUGAGUUGGACUGAUGCAGAGGCAUGGUGUAAAACUAAAUCCCAGAAAAUGAUGCUCAUUGUAAAUGAAGAAGAGAACAACUACCUAAAAAAUCACCUUCCAAAACAAUACUAUUGGAUUGGUCUCCGAAAGACUGAAGGCAUUUGGAAAUGGCAUGGGGCAGAAAAGAAUUUAACGGGUAACGGAUUCUGGGCUCCCAAAGAACCAAAUAGCAAAACAAAAGAUGAGGACUGUGUGGAAAUAUACAUUAAUAACAACCAAAAUAAUGGCAAGUGGAAUGAUGACAGCUGCUCCAAACAGAAAUAUGCCUUAUGCUAUAAUGCAUCAUGUUUUAAUAAUUCCUGCGGCAACAACGCUAUGUGUGUGGAGACUAUCGGCAGCUACACAUGCAAGUGUAAUCCAGGAUUUACGGGUCCAAAGUGCACAGAGGUUCAGUGCCCUCCACUUGCAAUCAUUAACGGUAGGAUGGACUGCAGCCAUCAUCGGCACACAAACAGCUACAUAUCUACAUGUAGCUUCAGCUGUGAAGAGGGCUUUGAGUUGAGUGGUUCACACAAAACCCUGUGUGAUCACAAUGGCCAGUGGACACACAGCACCCCAAACUGCACAGCCAUCUUGUGUAAGGCUCUCCGUGUGCCUCAUGGUGGCAUUGUGAGCUGUCAUAGAGGCAACAGUACUAUCUGCACGGUACAGUGUCCCUCUGACUACCUGCUGCUGGGAGUGCAUGAAUAUACCUGCAGACCCGAUGGUUCAUGGAGCCCAUUCCAACCUCUGUGUGCAAGUUUCAAACAUAUGCUGGUGGCAUCGGCAGGAGGUGCACUGUUUUCUACCAUCUGCUGCUGUAUGUUCUGCUCUUCCUAUUGCAGAACGAGGAAUAAGUCAGUGAGACAAAACGAUCGACAGGAGGAAAUGAAUCCAGCAUAUGAUGCAAGUGAUGCACCACUGGAGGUCCCACUGAGCUCUGUGUGACAUUUAGUUUCACCACAUCAUGUUUACUUGACUAAUUACGUCAAUUUAUAAACAUAAAUUUCACUCUCUACAUAUAAAUACCAUCGCAUACAAAUGUGCAUUUGAUGCUUCGCGAUACAAAUGCCAACUUGUAUCCGAUGCACACUUUUUAAAAAUUGAUGCGUCACGCAAUGUCAACUUUUAUGCUGAAGCACCGAUGCCAAUCAGUGAAGUAGUAUACAGUGCCCUCCACGAUUAUUGGCAGCC